AUUAUAUAUUCUGCGGUUUGAAAGGAUCAGUAGGGCUUUUUUGAUCAGUAAAAAGACUCUCAGGUUUCGUUUUUAGAGUGACGACAGGGACCCCACGUGCAAAUAAGAGUCGUAAUUAUCCCAGCUUCGCUUAAGGACCUUUACUAGAAUUUUAAGUUUUGCGCUAAGAUGAGGAUAAUUAUUGUGACGAGAACUGGAAUCCCGUCGGCCAGGUAGCUCUCAGCAGGCGCUGUGCAGACACCUGGGACAGCACACCGGGCCGCCCCCGCCUGCCUCUCAGCCUCAGGUGUGCGGUCACCGGUGCCUUCGUCAUGAAACGACACCUGGCCGCUUGUGUGUGGAUUUUGUAUUUUUUUCAAAACUUACAGACUAGCUGUUGGAGAGAUGGGGUGGUUUCUGAGCGUUUUUGGUUUGAUGACCUUAAUAGACUGAAUUUUGAAGAACGGGCCUGUGUGAGGGUGUCCUAAACGUGCAGACGCGCUGCGUUGAGUUGACAGUUCAGAUAAACAGGCUCUUCCGUGCGGCUUUGAGUUGAGAGAUUUUUAUCUCUGCAGGCGGCGCAUGUGUGCAGAAGUGGACUACGGGGCGUGUUCGCCACAUCCAUGAAUCUGUGCUUGAGCCUUCCAUUGACGUGGCUGUUGGCCUGCGGGGUGUUUGGCGCCCGCCUGACACUGGGCACCUUAUUCCCUGGGCCUGCGGGGCUCCUGCCGCUGGGCGGGACUGAAGUCUUUUCGGUUUUCUGUGGCGCUGUUGCUCAUCUCAUAUCAAACACGAGGGCUGCUGUGCUGGCCCAGGCGAGAAGGACACACAGAUGGCCGAUAACAGUUUUCCAGAUGGAGCUCCUUCAGAUUCCUCGGAGGCUGCUAAAAGUGCAAGUAACGCAGAAAAGCUCACAGAUCAGGCGAUGCAAAGCCCUCAAGUGCUGGCAGCGCUGCAGGAACGGCUUGACAACGCCUCCCACACCCCUUCCAGCUACAUCGAGACCUUGCCUAAAGCUGUCAAAAGAAGAAUCAACGCAUUGAAGCAGCUGCAGGUGAAGUGCGCCCACAUAGAAGCCAAGUUUUACGAGGAGGUUCACGACCUGGAGAGAAAGUACGCGGCCUUGUACCAGCCUCUCUUCGACAAGAGGAGGGAGUUCAUCACUGGCGACGUGGAGCCCACAGACGCGGAGGCAGAAUGGCACAGCGAGGAGGAGGAGGAGGAGGAGGAGAAGCUGGCUGCAGAUGUGAAAAAUAAAGUCGUCGUAGCGGAAAAGGAAGCAGCACCAGCCGAAGAGCCCAACCCCAGAGGCAUCCCUGAGUUCUGGUUCACCAUCUUCAGAAACGUGGACAUGCUCAGCGAGCUGGUCCAGGAGUAUGAUGAGCCGAUUUUGAAGCACCUGCAGGAUAUUAAAGUGAAGUUUUCAGACCCCGGACAGCCUAUGUCUUUCGUGCUAGAGUUCCACUUUGAGCCCAACGACUACUUUACCAACUCGGUCCUGACGAAAACGUACAAGAUGAAGUCGGAGCCCGACAAGGCCGAUCCCUUUUCCUUUGAAGGCCCCGAGAUUGUCGACUGUGACGGGUGUGCGAUCGACUGGAAGAAGGGGAGGAACGUGACCGUCAAGACCGUCAAGAAGAAGCAGAAGCACAAGGGCCGCGGCACGGUCAGGACCAUCACCAAGCAGGUGCCCAGCGACUCGUUCUUCAACUUCUUCAGCCCGCUGAAAGCAUCCGGAGACGGAGAGUCGCUGGAUGAGGACUCCGAGUUCACGCUGGCCUCUGACUUUGAAAUUGGACACUUUUUCCGUGAGCGGAUCGUCCCGCGGGCGGUGCUGUACUUCACCGGGGAGGCCAUCGAGGACGACGACAAUUUUGAAGAGGGCGAGGAAGGAGAAGAGGAGGAGUUGGAAGGUGAUGAGGAGGGAGAAGAGGAGGAUGAUGCCGAAAUGAACCCCAAGAAGGAGCCCAGCCAGCCCUCUGAGUGCAAGCAGCAGUGAGCACGCCCUGGGCGCCGGCCGCGCCGAGGCCCCUGCAUGGUCUCCGCCCAGCUUCCCCCUCGUAGUCUUUUGCUUAGCCUGUACAGUGGCACCUCGAGUGCGCGUGCGCAGUAGGAGGUUUCACGCCUGCACCCUGGACGGCCUGGGCCCAGCUCCGACGACUGACCGGGCCCGGCGGCGGCUGGGGACCCAGGCAGAGAUCUGGGGUGGGAGCGUCUCCCGCAGCCGGACGGCCCUGGUUCG